GUUAUUCUAUGGGUCAUAUGUCAUAUGUCAGUUUGAUUUAUAACUUAUAAAAGAUAUAAGAGAUUUUGAAUUAAAUAACAUUUUUGAACUAAAAUAAUGAUGGCAAAUAGGAUAUAUUCCACUUUGAAAAAUUGUAAUUUUUCAGUAGUUUUCAAUACAUCUAAAAUGAACAGUAAUUUGUUUACGAUAGCAGCAAUACCGCAUAAAAGAAAUUUAUAUUCUAAAGAGACAUUAGGAAUCGAUGCAUUUUUACAGCAGUGUCAAACUACUCAAAAUCAAAUGGAGAAUCUGUCUGAAAAAUUCAAAGAAAAAAUGUCUGAAUAUGUAGAAAACCAUACCAAGCACAUGGUUUUUACUGAAGACCUGAAAAAUAUGAUUCAUUUGUCGAAUAAUGAUAAAGAUCUCGAACUAGUGGUCAAAAUGAUCAAAAAAUUCAAUCAACAAAAUAAAGAGUUGAGAUUUGGAAGUUUCAUAUUUGGACCAGUUGCAAUGCGUCUUUUCCAUCAUUUCAAUGCACCUGAUAUUGCACUAGAAUGUUUCAAAUCACCUGACCUUUCAGGGUUUUUUGACCAAUUAGUUUCCUAUCAGAUUUUAUUGGAUCUUCUUUAUGACAACGAAAAAUAUCAAGAAAUUAUAGAAUGUGCUGAUAUUAUUAAAGAUCGUCAACUAGAGGGAAUCAAACACCCAAGGAAUAUUGUUGUAUUAGUAAUGGCAGCCUGUUAUAAAAUGAAUUCAAAAGAGAGUUUGGAUUAUGCUUUGAGAUUGUGGCAGGAACUCAAAGAAAUUGGUCACUAUCCCUUGAGAAGAGCCACUACCUUCUGUGCUGGUCUAGCUCUGAACCAAGGAAAUCCUGGAGUAGCUCUUGAAGUUCUCACUUCUGCUCAAAAUCAAAAUUAUACAACUGUGAGGAAUUUGAAAGUUGCUUGUUUAGCAGAGGUUGGACGAGUUGAAAAUGCAAUUCCAAUAUUGAAGGGCGUAUUAUCAGAAGAUAAUCCCAAUCCUGUGAAGCAGACUUUUAAUAGAGAAGUAUUAGAAAAAGUAAAGAAUGCUGUAUUGAAGAUAGAUAAUCCUGAUCUGGCUCUUGAAUUCAACAGAAUUGAGCAAACUUUCCAGAAAUUAGGACAUAUAUCUGACACCGCGUUGGAUCAACAGUUAUGUCAAGAAAUUAUAAGACCUGCAGGAAUAACUAACAGGCAAGACAGAUUCCAACCCAGGUACAGAAGACCAAAAAGUGAACAAAGGACUUACAGUAAUAAAAGAUAUACUUUUCACCAUAGGCCGGGCUUAAAUGAAUUAGUUUGAUUUUUAACUUAAUACUUUUCAUUCAGAUCAUAAAAAACAAAUUAAAUUCGAUGUUCUAGUAUAAAAACUUGUUGAACAUUUUUUAUUACUUCUAUUUACUUCAUUUUUAACUGAUUGUCUAAAUACUAUAUAAAGAUUUUUUACUUUUCUGA